CUCAACUCCCACAGUGUUGACGUCUUUACCCAUGUGUCACUUGAGUGAAGAUGACCUUUCCCAGAAUCCUCAGUUCUCCAAACUGCUGUCUGCACUCUCACAACGCAUGAAUGAAACCGGACUGACCAUGCAACUGAAGAAAAAACUACAGAAGUUCUAUAAGGCUCUUGAACAGUACUUACUGGUGACACAGUGUGUGAGGGAACUGGAUCCCAGUUCAACCACAGCGGAAGACAAACCAUAGCUUCUGGGCCUCAGCAAGCAGAAUGUUCUUGAUCACAUGCCACCUGAUCAGAGGGAGAAAGCGAGGGUCUGAAGACCUUGAAGCUCUCAAGACUGCCAGAGAGCCUGGAGAAUGAAAGCAAGAGACUAGAGUCAGCGAGCAAAAGAAAGAGAAAGUGCCCUUCUGCUGCACAGGCAAACUCACUGCUACCUCACUGAGCUACUGGGCUGUAUACAGAUCUUGCAGUCGCUCAUCCUGGAGCAUUGACUGAGGGCUCAGAUUGAUCUAGAUUGAAAAAAAACCCAGUACAUGGAGGCCAAGUGCCAAAUCAUCAUUCUCAAGAUCAGGAUGGAGAUGUUGCAGGUUCAGUUAGACACCUACACACCCAAGAAGAUAGCUGUGCGUCGCACAGUCAGAGACACUGUGGAAUCAGCCCUGAAGUCAGAGCAAGUUGAACGGCAGUCAUCUGAAAGAAUGUUGUCGUCAUUUGAGAUUUUAGGGCAGGACUUUGAAGCACUGGUGAAGGAAUACUCCCGCCUCCGACGGGAAAUAAAGAACAAGAAGUGGGCCCUGCAGGAAUUCUCCCAGUACAACCACUGAACUGGUGCCAGACAGAUACCUCCCUCCUCUAUACACCACAGAUAUAGUCCUAUAGUUAGCAGCUGUAAAAGAAUAAUCCACUGCAGAAUGAACAUAUAACCUCACCAGCGGAAAGUGGCGCCAUUCAUUUUAAGCCUUUUUGAGGAAUAUGAUUUAACAAAAUAAACAAAAGUGAUAUGGAAUAUGGAUUUUUAGGUUUUCCACUUGUGGAUGUAUUUAUAAAUUAUCACUCAUUUUAAGAAGAAGCAACCUGUUUGACAUGGGUGUCACCUCAUUUACUGUAUAUUGUACCAUCAGGAGGCUGCUGCUACAAAGUUUAAUCUGUACAAUAAUAAUCAACACUGGUAUUAUUUCUUAUGUGUAAUAAAACUUGUUAAUAAACUUGAA